UUUAAAGCUGUACUGACUCACAGGUGAUUGGUGUAACUCAGCUCAGCUGCUGAAGAAACCCAGAGAGCUCUUCUGUUUGGUGUUGAACCUUUGCUGAUGAAAGCAUGCUGCUGCCAGUUCAGAUCAGCUUAAUGACUUUGUUUGACCUCUAACAUGUGGAAUCAAGGCUGCAGUCAGUCCAGUGGUGAAACCUUGAGCCACAAAGCUACAUCAUCAAAGAAAGCACACCUUGAGAUUUUCCCCUGCACCGUCUCUCAGCUGCUGACUGCUCCUCAACUCUCCAACGACUGCUUCACUAUCUGUGACUAUGAGCUCAGACAGGUUUCUAUUGUUGGGAUCAUCAGAGGAUUCGCUCCGUUUGUGACCAACGUCCAGUAUGCCGUGGAUGACAUGACCGGUCCACCUCUGAAUGUGAAGCUGUGGGUUAACAUGGAGGAUUCUGCACUGAUGACUGUAGCUUCUCCAGGAAUGUAUGUGAAGGUGAUUGGAAGCCUGCGCAGCUACAAUGGACAGAGGUCGCUACUGGCAAUGAAUGUCCGACGUGUAAAGGACCUGAAUGAGAUCAGCUCCCACAUGUUGGAGGUGGUACAAGCUCAUAUGCAGGUUUUCAGAAAGGUCUUUGACGUGAACAUGAACCUAACUGUGGUGCCAAAACCUGACUGGAGCAGUGGGACGCGUCCUCAAGGCGUUUUACCAAAUGGUUUGUCUACAGUCCAGGGCCAGGUCAGAGACUGCAAAGAGUGUUGCAUCAAAUCCAAGUGUUCUCUGUCCAUAAUGAUGGCAUCAGUUUCCACGACCUGACAAGAAACCUGGACAACAUUAGCAUACGAGAUAUUAGAUCCUCCUUGGCUUUCCUUGCAAGUGAAGGUCACAUCUUUUCCACCAUUGACGAGCAUCAUUUCAAGGCAGCAUAACUUCAGCUGCCUCUGGAAAAAAACAAAACAAAACA